AUCAAUCUAAAAUUCAUUCUGUGAUAAACUUUCUAUAAACGAUCAAUCUAAUUUAAACGUUCUCUGCUAUUUCUUCGGUCUUUCUCGAGAGAAAAUGUCUUGCUGUGGAGGAAACUGUGGUUGUGGAUCUGGCUGCAAGUGCGGCAACGGUUGCGGAGGUUGCAAAAUGUACCCAGAUUUGGGCUUCUCCGGUGAGACGACCACAGCUGAGACUUUCGUCUUUGGCGUUGCACCGGCGAUGAAGAACCAGUAUCAGUAUGAGGCUUCUGGAGAGGGCAGCGCUGAGAACGAUGCAUGCAAGUGUGGAUCCGACUGCAAGUGUGACCCAUGCACUUGUAAAUGAAUAAAGAAACCUUUUUAAAUAAAUGAAUAAAGAAACCUUUUUAAAAAGGCAGAGAUAAUCAGAGUUUUAUAUUCUUGGUUUGGUUUAUGGUGUAAUAAUGGCUGCGGCCUUUGUCUUUUAGCCGGUAAUGGUUUUCGUUUAUGUUGACGUGAUAUCUAGAUGUCUCUGCCAUGUGUGACGGAUGAGUCAGUUUGUACUUCUAUGGAAUGAAGUUGAAUGAUUCUCUAAAUAUAAUAGUAGUCUUCGAAUAUAAAA